AUGGAGUGUAGGAUGCCCAGCGUCUGGUCAAUCUUGGGACUGGCGACCGCGAUCAAGGUGCUGCUGGUACCAGCCUAUAAGAGCACGGACUUCGAGGUGCACCGCAACUGGAUGGCCAUUACCUACAGCCUGCCCACCUCUAAGUGGUACACUGAGUCGACCUCCGAGUGGACUCUGGACUACCCCCCCUUCUUUGCUUGGUUCGAGUGGGCUCUAGCGCAGGCGGCCUCCUGGGCGGACCCCGCCAUGCUGGAGGUGCCGCGCCUGAACUACGCCAGCCAUGCCACAGUGGCAUUCCAGCGUGGAAGCGUCAUCGUGAGCGAGGUGGCGCUCCUCGCGGCGGCCUGGUGGGCCUGCAGGUCCCUGGGAAGGAGAGCACAGAGCUUGGCCCUGGCUCUGGUGGCUCUGCACCCCGGCCUCAUCAUGGUGGACCACAUCCACUUCCAGUACAACGGCAUACUGCUGGGGAUCUUUGUUGCGUCUAUGGCGGCCCUGAGAGAUGGGCAGCACCUGCUGGGUGCGGCCCUCUUUGCUGUGCUCCUCAACUUCAAGCACAUCUUCCUCUAUGCCGCGCCGGUCUACUUUGUCUUCCUGCUGCGACACUACUGCAGGGGUCGCUCGGCCCCAUCCCGCUUCCUCCUGCUGGGCUGCAUCGUGGCAGCUGUGUUCCUACUUUCCAUGGGACCCUUUGUCACUCGUGGCCAGGCAGGGCAGCUCGCCAGCAGGCUGUUCCCCUUUGACCGGGGCCUGGUGCACGCCUACUGGGCCCCCAACUUCUGGGCGCUGUACGCCGCAGCAGACAAGGUGCUGGCCGCGGCUGUACGGCGCAGCGGGCGCUGGCUGCCCCCCACCGCGCGGAUGACAGGGGGCCUGGUGGGGACGGCAGCUUUCGAGGUGCUGCCACCGGUAGGCUCCAGGGCCACAGCCCUUGUGACCCUGGUGGCCAUGGCGCCCUGCCUCCUGCACACCUGGCGCUUUCCCAACCCAGCCAGGUUCCCGCAGGCUGCUCUGCACUGCACCCUGGUAUCAUUCUUCUUCGGGUACCAUGUCCAUGAGAAGGCCAUCCUCAUGGUUCUCGUGCCCGGUGCCGUCUUUGUCGUGCACGAGGCACAUCCGGCGCUUGCAAACCGGUUCUUCUUCCUGACGACGCUGGGAACCUACUCGCUCUUCCCCCUCCUCUACAGACCCGAGGAAUACAGCAUCAAGGUCUUGCUCCUCGUGCUCUACACUGCGAGCGCCCCCCAGCUGCUGAGCUGGCAGCUGGGCACGCCUUCCCGGCUGCACACCCUUCCUGGCGCCUACCUCUGGGGCUUGGUGGGGGUGGAGGCAGCUUCCAGCUGGAUCCUGCCGUACCUCCUCGGCAGCCGACUCCCCUUCCUCCCCCUGGCGCUGGUGUCCUGCUACUGUGCCGUGGGCAUGGGUGCGGCCCUCAUUUGGUCGUCAUUCUCCUAUAUAUCGCCUCCAGAACCCAAGCGUGCGCCUCAUUGA